ACUCCUCCUGCUAUUGGGGUGCGGGAGAGAACAAAACACGCGGUGAACGACCAGAGAAGCAGCAUGGGAUCUGACUCAUCCGCAAAGGCCGCCGCUGGCGUCACCAAAGCCCCUGGCUGGAGGUGUAAGAUCGCCUACGGCAUCAACCUGCACAAGCUUCUCUGCGCCCCCAUCACCUACUUGUUCAUGCUCAAGUACUCCCGGUUCAGUGCGGCGGCAUGGACCUACCUAGCGCUUCAUGGGUCUUACGGAUAUCUUUGGAUCGUGAAGGACCAGACGUUUCCGGACCGGAACUUCCACGUCCCUAGCUCGUUCGGAGAAAUGUCUGCAGCCUUCGUCGUAGUCAGCGCUCUGUACUGGCCAAUCCCGUGGAUAAUGAUGCACCACGGGAAGGACGUCCCUCCGUGGUGCCAAGCCCUCGCCAUCGGAGUCUUCUCCACCGGCAUGUUCUUGAUGGUGGGGGCAGACUGCCAGAAGUACUACACUCUCAAGCUCGCGCCGGGGAAGCUGAUCACGACCGGCUUCUUCAAGUAUAUCCGCAGCCCCAACUACCUGGGUGAGCUCAUGGUGUAUGGAGCAUUGUCGAUGCUAACGUACACCGCCUGGGGGUGGAUCCCCUUCGUCACCUUGGCAUUGAGGUUCUCGGCGGACGCCCGAAAGAAGGACAGAUCGAUGAGCCGCUACGAGGAAUUCGCUGAGUGGAAGGCCUCUUCUUAUUUGAUCCUGCCCCCCGUCUAUUGAAACCGGGCGCCGGUCAUUCCUUAGCGUCCGGCAGAGAAUAGCAAGCCUGGUGGGGAUGCAUGUUCGGACAUAUAAAUG